CCCGCGGGCCACGCAGUCUCACUACCUUAGUCUCCAGUGGCGGAGUCACUUCAUAUCCGCCCAUUCACGCUGCAGUCCCGCCUCGGCUCGCCGUCCCCUGGAGCUACGGGACGCCGCCUUUCACGUACCGGCAUCUCCACUUCCGUUCGGUAGACAGGUUUUUCUGUGGAAGUCUUGGUGUACAUUUUUAAGAAAAAAAUGACUACUCUUACAAGUUUAGAAACCAAAGUCACCCUUACUUCAACCCCAAUCCGAGGAGCAGGAGAUGGAAUGGAAACUGAGGAGCCACCUAAGUCUGUUGAAGUCACCUCUGGAAUCCAAUCCAUAAAACAUCACAUCCUUCAGAGUCCACGAAAGAAAGCAGUUCCCUCAGAGAGCCCAGGAGUUCUUCAGCUAGGGAAGAUUCUCACUGAAAAAGCAGUGGAAGUUGAAGCUGUAAGAAUAUUUGUUCCCAAAGCUGCUAUAACUCAUGAUAUUCCCAACAAAAAUGCAAAAGUUAAGUCUCUGGGAUAUCAUAAAGGAGAAUUUCUUAGUCAUUUAGAGGGAGCUAAAGAACCCAGAAAGGAACUCUCAGAGGUAAAGAAUAUAUUGGAAAAGCUCAAGAAUUCUGAAAGGAGGUUACUACAGGACAAAGAAGGUCUUUCAAACCAGCUCCGGGUACAGACAGAGGUAAAUCGUGAGUUAAAAAAGUUGCUCGUGGCUUCUGUUGGGGAUGAUCUUCAGUAUCACUUCGAACGUCUAGCCCGUGAGAAGAAUCAACUCAUUUUAGAAAAUGAAGCCCUAAGUCGAAACACAGCUCAGCUCUCGGAGCAGUUAGAACGCAUGUCAAUACAGUGUGACGUGUGGCGAAGUAAAUUCCUCGCAAGCAGGGUGAUGGCAGAAGAGUUAACCAACUCCAAAGCAGUUUUACAGCGUCAAAACCGUGAUGCACAAAGUGCUAUACAAGAUCUUCUGAGUGAACGGGAACAGUUUCGUCAGGAAAUGAUCGCUACCCAGAAAUUUUUGGAGGAGCUCUUGGUCUCCUUGCAGUGGGGCAGAGAGCAGACUUACUCUCCUAGUGCCCAGCCCCACAGCACAGCAGAACUGGCAUUAACAAACCACAGGUUGGCAAAAGCAGUACAUUCUCAUCUUCUGGGAAAUGUCACCAUCAACAGUCAAAAGAAGAUUCCAUCAGCAGUUGAAUUCUGCAGCACCCCAGCUGAGAAGAUGGCUGAAAAGGUUCUCCGCAUUCUGGAUCCAGUUAUCUAUACAGAAAGCUCAGCUGACAGUCCAUUUUCUGAGUCUUCAACGGCCACAUUACUUGCUACAAAGAAAAAUAUUGGACGAUUUCAUCCCUAUACUAGAUAUGAGAAUAUAACUUUCAAUUGCUGCAAUCAUUGCCAGGGAGAACUUAUUGCACUUUAACAUUUAGUAUGUUGGUGACAUGUUUAUUACCGAAGAGUCAUUAUUAUUUGGGAACUGGGGUUCUUAUAAUGUUAGAAGUAAUAUCAUUUCCUCUUUCCAUAACAUGUAUCCACAGAGAUACUUCAUGUACUGGACUCCAGGUUACCCUGUUUUAAUAAAUAUCUCAGGUAAGAAAAGAAUGAAACUGUUCAUAUAUUUAGAGUAGAGAAUGUUUUUCACACAGUACACAGUGUUUAUGCUAAUAGUCUUUAAACUUAUAACUUUCUUUUACACCCUAAAUUAUUUAUCUUAUUAAAUAUUUUAUAUGAAUAGUUAGUUUCAUUUUGAUACACUAAAUUCAAAAGCAGGAAAACUACAACCAUGAGUCAAAUAUGGUCACACUUAACGGUACUGUCUCAUCUGUUUCUGCAUUGCAGCAGCAAAGUUGAUUAGAUACAGCAAGGCUUUUUUGGCCUACAAAGGCUCGAAAAAGUUUUCUGACCCCUACUCUCCCCACUGUAAGGGAAUAGCUGAGGGGGUAAGCAAUAGGUGAUGUUCCCUUAAUGGAAACUUUGGGCUACAAAAUAGGCUUACGGAAUUACUAAGGGUGAAGGGGUUAAUCUUUUAAAAGUAAAUGCUAUAAAGAAAAUAAAUAUUUUAGAGCAUAUUAGCACUUCAACAAAAUGUGUUCUCAAGUUGGUUCUUUAAAAGGGAGUCUGUAUUUUGAAUGGAUAUAAUCUGAUAUAUAUGUAAAAGAAACAGAUUCUUAACUAUUGAUUCAUUAUGGCAAACAAUUCAAAACAGGAAUAUCCAACUUAAUAUUUAUAGUGUAUGGUACAGAAAGUAGAAUCAGGAAUAUCAUAUAAACUCAAAACUGCAAUCCAUCAAUUAAUAUAUAUUUUGUAAUAUAUAUUAUAUGAUGAACCAUCAUGAAAUGCCCUUUUAUUGACCUUUUAAAAUAUUCACAAAGUAUGUAUGCUGAACUAUACAAACUAGUUGAAGUGGCUACCAGAAAAAUCUUCAAAAGACAAAUCUGGUCAAAUGGUAAUAUAUUUUGAUGUUAUCUUAAAAAUUUUUUUUGGUCUGAAUCAUACAAUAAAUUUCUCUACUUACUUUAUUAUGAAUAUUCCUUUCUCUCCUUCACAAUUAUGUGCUUUGGUUCCAGUCUUUAUCUAGCUUUUAAUAUUUACAAUGGUUUCUUUACCUUUUCCUUUAGGUUCACUUAGUACAGAAAUCUUCACAACCUUAAAUUUGGUAAUGAUUUCUUGGAUAUGACACCAGAAGCAUAGACAAUAAAGGAAAAAAGUAGAUAAAUUUAUUUAUUUAAAACCUUUGUGCAUCAGAAGAUGUAGUAAAAGGCAACCCAGAAAAUGAGGAAAAACACUUGAAAAUCAUUUACCUGAGAAGGAUCUGGGAGAUAUAUAUAUAAAGAACUCCUACAACUCAGUAGCUGAAAUCAAACAACCUAAUAAAUGAGCAAAGGAUUUGAACAGACAGUUCUCUUAAAAAGAUACCCACACCACACAAAAAAAGAUACUCAGAUAGCCAGUAAGCUGAGCCCAUUCAGUGAGAAAAGAAUAGUUUCUUCCACAAAUGGUGGUAGGACAACUGGAUAUGCAUGUACAAAAGAGUGAAGUUGAGCCCCUGUGUGACACUGUGGUAAUAUAUAGAAAUACAUAUUUUGAUUUUGUUCCAGUUUCAUGGCUGGCACACAGCUCUUAAAACCCUCAUAAUCUCCCAGGAGAUAGAUAGAUAGAUAGAUAGAUAUGAGAUGACUAUUAUUUGAGAGCUCAGGAUGAGGGCUAAUUCCCAAGGGAACCAACCAAAAGAUCAGAGAAACCAAACUUUCACGCCACCUUCUGACUUCCAGGGAAGGGAAUGUUUCUGAAGGUUGAGUUGAUCUCCAGUAGUCAGUGAUUUGAUCAAUAAUGCCUUCAUAAUGAAGCCUCCCUUCAUGAAAAUCCAAAAGGACAGAUUGGGAAAGCUCUCUAGACCACUCAACAAUGGGAGAUGAAUCACUCAGUUCAUAGAAGCUCUUCUCCUCUUUCACACUUUGCCUUAUGCAUCUCUCCCAUCUCACUGUUCCUAAGUUAUACCAUUUUUAAAGAUGGAUAAACAUUAAAGUGUCUCACUGAGUUCUGUCAGCCAUUCUAGCAUGUGAUUCUGGGAAGUGUUACCUGGGGGACCAACUAUUAUAGAUAGCUAAGCUAGGCAGAGAUAUUAUAUGCAGUCAGACGGAUAGGCCCUCAAGAGACUCAGGACAAAGGUACAAACACAUUACAACUGUGGCUAGAGGUGCAUGUGUUGGAAGCCAGGCCUCAAGAUAAAGACAAAAUGGCCAGCCUAAGGUAAAUGGUAACAUCUGGUCUAAUGAAGUAUAGAUAGACAUCGACCACCUCAGUGGGUGACCAAGACCCUUGGACUUACCCUUUCCUGAAAAGUUCUUUGUUCCUUCCAUGUACACUUGCUACAUGACUUGCUUUCCCAUAGGUUUAAUGUUACCUAAGUGACUAUACUUAUAAUCUUAUUGGUUAAUCAUAGCUGUAACCCAUGUUGUACCCAUGUGGUUGUGUUCUAUAAAGCUUCCCAAGAAGUGAGGUCCUCAGCAACUCACUUUCAGGUCCCUUCCUGCCUCUCAACUGUAUCUUUCCCCUGAAUAAAUUUUUCCUACGCUUAA